UUAAUGGUUUCAUCAACGCAGGGAGCGGAGGGAUAUGACGCUGUGGGAGGAGUUGCGUGCCGUGCGCAGAGACGAAGGGGAUCCGGCAGAGGCUGCUAGAGGGAGAGGGAGAGUCGGGGGGCAGCAGAAGAGACGGAGCAGGGAGGGAGCAAAGGACGGCGAGCCGAAAGGACCCCCCACCCAGGCGCGAGGGGGACGGGAGCGCAACGCGAGCCCGCCUGCCGGCCUCCCUCCCUGCGGCCGGACCCUGCCAGCCAGCCAGCCACCCCUCCCCCAUCCUUACUCACCUCACCGCUUCGGCCAAUCAGCUGUGGGGGGGCCGCGACGAUAGCGGAGGGUACCAGCUUCGCAGCCAAUCAGCGUCAGGGGCUCGCGGGGCCGCUUGCCGCGAGCCUGGACGAAGGCGAAAAGGUGGGGUGAGUUGAAAAGCACCCUCAACGGCCGGCGCUCUUAAAGGUACAGCUUGGGGGGGCCGCAAGAAGAGGGGGCACUUCUAGCCGGAGGACAACAACCCCCACCCCAAACCGUCAGCUCCUGUCAAUGGAUUUAAAGGGAGCUCGGCCCUCUUAAAGGGGAGUUCAUCUCGGGCCCUCAUUGUGGCUAAGAGGGAGGGGUGGCCCUUAAAGGUGAAAUUUGGGUUUCUCCGGAGGACCUUGAACGCUGGAUCCUUAAAGGGCAGUGCAAACUGACAAGGAGGAAAAAGAAAUGUUUGGAGGGCUUUUAAUUCCUGUUGCUGAGAGAGUCGAUGUCUGACAAGGGAGAACUUUAAAUCCACAUUCUUAAAGGGGAGGCCAUGCUUUGGCAGGAAAUGUGUGGCGGACUCAAAAUCGAACACUCUUAAAGGGGAAAUUGAGACACAGAGAUCCGGACCCUUAAAGGCAAGGUCACACCCUGUGGGAGGAAUCCGGGAGGCCUCUUCUUCACGGACGGAGGUUCGCGAGGAGGAGGAGGAGGAGGAAGAAGGUGUCGCUUCCCGGGAAAGCAGAAGAGGAAGAAGAGAUGGCCCCGCGGAGCCGCGUCCCUCGCGGGGAGCCCUCGGCCGAGCGGAGGAAGUGAGUUGCCCUUUGGGCGGAAGCCGCUUGCCAUUGUUGGCAGGAGCCACCUCCGCAGUCUUAAAGGGGAGGCUGCCCAGGCUGGCAGCUGCUUCGGGGGGCGAACCCCGAAUUCCCCUGAGGGAAAGUCGAAAGUGACAGUUUCGCGGUUCGUCUUCGGAAAAAAACCACACAGAUAGGCACUUAAAGCAAAGGCUUCCUUCAACCUGCAAGAAAGUUGCCAUGCGCUGAGGUUUAUUUUAAAAUUGGGUUUAGCAAACAAACAUAUAUAUAUAUACAUACAUAUAUAUUUAAAGGCACACUGUGUCGCAGUUGGAGGGAUGUAAAACCCUUGUCCAAGGCGAGGUUGUUUUGACAGAUUUCCUUCCCCACCCAAACAGGAGGCUCCAUGUUAGAGAGAAGAUCUCUGUGCGCUGGCAGGGGCUGAUUUUGUGUAAAGGAAGAAAAAGUUAUUGGAUCACCUUCCACUUUUUAGAGUUCUAUGUUGAAAGUAUUUAAUUCUUUUUAAUUUAACGGUCUUGCCUUUAAGACAAAGACCAAAAACAAACAGAAAAAAAGCUGCCAUCCCUGUCACCUGAGAGGGAAUUAAACUUGAAUGAAAGGAGAGUUGCUUUGACUUUCCCAGAGCAAAGAGGAUCCUCUUGUGUUGAGUGGGCUCUCUAAAUGUAAAUCAAGGAAAGGUUGCUGACAACUGUAAGGUGUAAACGACAAGGAUUUUUUGUUUUGGCCACAAAAUACAAAAACCCAUUUUUAGGGAAAAGAAGAGGGGAGCCUCGUUCUUGCUUUUCCAAGUGGCAUCUGCGGAAGAACAAGGGCUCAGUUGAGAGCAGCUGCAAUGCAACUGGCUGGGGAAGGGUGAAGAGUGCCCCCCCACCUCCUUGUGUGUCUGCAGUAUCCACAGGACACAACACGACACAUUCUCUGUACCUCAAGGGGGGAACCAUGGAAGGAACAGCGGCAGCUCCUGCCCCAUGCUGGAGUGGGGGAGGAGGCAGCAGUAGCCGAACACGGAGGCAGCGGCGUUGCUCACGGCGGGACCGUGAGAGCCGCUGCACUCGCCGCCGGGGAGGCCGUCCUGGGGAUGGAUCUCGUCGUGGCCUCUCGUCUUCAUCUUCAGGAUCGGACAGUGAAGGCCCCUCCCCGCCUGCUCCUGUGGCACCUGGAAAAGGCCGCUCCCUGCAGCAGCAGCAGCGUCGAAGGCGGCGGCCCCUCCGGCGGCGGAAGAGACCCUCCGGAUCGUCCUGCAGCCGCGAUGAGGAGGAGGAGGAAGAGGAGGAGGAGGAUCUCAUUGAUGGCUUUGCCAUUGCCAGCUUUGUCAGCCUUGAGGCACUUGAGAAGGAUGCUACCUUGAAGACCCCGGAGCGGCUGGAGCUUCGGAUGAAGCAUUCUGGAAAGAGAAAACGGGGAGAGGGGAACAACUCUGAGCCUGAGGAUGAGGAUGGGAGCUCGGAGAAGGGUCGCAGCCGGGAGAGAGCAGUGAGGAAACGUACCAAGAAGCGGCACAAAGAGCCUUCUCUCCAAUCCUACCUGGAAACUGGAUAUAUAUGUGAUACAGAAAGUGACCCAGAGGAGCAGGCCUCCGUUGAUGACCUCGAACAGUCAUUCACUGUCUCAACCAGCAAAGCAGCCUCGGGACCCAUUGGUGCAUUAAACGGGAGCUGUGAAGCCAAACUCUCUGUGAUCCCUAAAGUCUCUGGCCUGGAGCGGAGCCAGGAGCGUAAUUAUGAGGCCGACCGGGACCCCUUGCUAGUGCCUUUCCUGCCCAAGGAGCCCCCUUCUCAGGCAGCCGCAGCCCCCGCUCCAGCUCAGGCCUUGCCCCCCAGUCCUCCCGCCCCGCCUCCCACCAGGACAAGGGCUCAGACGCCUAAUGCUGUUCGCGGGACACCCCAACCCAAAGGCCAGCUGCCUCCGAUGCCUCAGGGGGGAGCCGUCCCCCACAACCUCACCCAGAGCCAGCUGCACAUGAAGGUACCGCCCUUUGCCAGUCAGACGCAAGCACCAUACGCUGUAGGGCUGGAUCUCAGCACCGGAGGGUGCAGCCGCGGCGCAGCUCACCCCAAGCCCAUUCUCCCUCCGUGCUCCCCCUCUUCCUCUCAGCUCCCUCACCGGCCCUCCACCCCCUCGCUGGCCCUGCCUCCCCACGCCUUUCCGCCCACCCUUCGGCCGCCUUCCCACCACCACCCAGGCAUGUUCACCCCCUCGCCUGGCCUCCCACCGCCACCCCCGCUGCUUCAAGUUGCCGGGCACCCAGCUGCAGCCGCUGCCAUAUCUGAACAAGAACUAAUCCGCCAAGACCUGAGUUCGCGCUUCCUCACGGCCCAAGGCGGCGCCGACAUGGGGGCUGCCGCCAUCCGCCCGCUGGCCUUCCAGUUCCACCAACACAACCACCAGCACCAGCACACCCACCAGCACACCCACCAGCACUUCACCCCUUUCCCACCAGGCAUGGUGCCCACAGCCAGUCCAGCCAUGUAUGAGAAAUACCCUGGCAAGAUGGAUGGGCUCUUGCGGCACAAUUUUUAUGCCGCCUUCCCCCCAACCGUGUCGGGGAUCUCCCCGGUCCUGCCUCCCGCUGUGACUUUUGGCUCCCUGCAGGGGGCGUUCCAACCUAAGAGCACUAACCCUGACCUGCCAUCCCGGCUGGGGGCUGUCCCACCUACCUUGUCCCAGAAAGGCACUCAGCUCACCGAUCCCUUCAGGCCAACGCUAAGAAAGCCCGGGAAGUGGUGCGCCAUGCACGUCCGUGUAGCAUAUAUGAUCCUGCGGCACCAGGAGAAGAUGAAGGUAGGGUGGGCUUGCGCCGCCUCCCCCCUCCGCCUGCGUUCAGUGAUGGGGUGUGGCGCAGCUCCUGCUGGUAGCCGCCAGAGGGUCGCUGCAAGCAACGGGAGAAGCCUCUCCCAUUCUGCUCUUCUGAUGUCUGUGCUGGACCCUGGAUGCAAGGCAGGGUCUCUGGUGCAGGGCGACCCCCAGAAAUUGGACUUCCGGAACGACCUUCUCACCGGUUUGCCUGGGACGGGAGCCUUUGGCAGCCUGCCUCACAGCCAGGAGCUGGCACGCCCAGCCACUCUCUUCACAGCCUCAGGUGCCAUCCACCACCCAGGCAGUGGCACAUCAUAUGGUCCUGCCGGCACCCCUCAUGGCUCCUUCCUCAGCCCCAGUCCCCACAUUGGUAAGAGCUGGCGCACCAGAAUGCCAGGGCCGGUGGGGCAGGACCCAGCAUCUUCCAUACGAUUGCUCACUCCUCUGCUCGCCUCUUUUCCAGAUCCCUUUGGCAGGCCCCCCAGUUUUGCCUCCCUCGGGGCACUCUCCAAUGGAGCUUUUGGGGGCCUGGGAAACCCAUCUUUCAACUCGAGUGCUGUCUUUGGGCAGAAGGACAGUCCCGGAGCUCCAGCCUUCCCUAGCCCCCAUGAGGCAUGGAACCGCUUACACCGCACACCCCCUUCCUUUCCCACCGCCCCAGCCUGGCCCAAAGGUGGGGCUGGAGAUGGGGCUGAGCGUGGAGGAACCCAGCACGAGAAGGAGAGCGAGAAGCCAGAAGGGCCAGUGAUCAAGGAUGAAAAGGACAGAGAUGCCCUCUUCUCGCGCCAUCCACUGCGUGCCUCUCCAGCUACUCCCACCCCAAAGAACCUACAGUUGGCUCACGAGGAGCCCCCCGGCCGGUCACACAUCCCAGCAGAGCGUGAGCAUCGCUACGGAAGCCCGGCAGGUUCAGGCCAUGCCUCCCGCUCCCCUUACCCAGAGCUGCCUCUGAAGAAGGAAGUGAAGGUCAAGGAGGAGCCUGAGUUGACGGGCUUCGAGGGGGCGCUGCGCACGGGGCCUCCCUUCCACAGCACCCUGCAUGUUUCCCACCCCCUGGGGACGCUGGCUGUGUUUGAAAGACCUCAGGCCGGAACUGGUGGAAGCGUCUCCCCAUACUUGGUUGCUGCCCCGCCCUCAGCUGCCUCCUAUGCUGCGCUCGAAGCUUGGCGCGAGCCCUAUCACCGGGGGCUGGAGCUGCACCCGCUACAGCGCCUGCCCCGCUACCUGGAGACCCCGUCGCCUGCCGCCACUGCCGCCGAGGACUACGAACGGGCCCGGUUAUAUGGCCUGGCGCCCCCACCCCACCCCAGCCUCAUGGCCUAUCCCCGCCACCCAAACGGGCUGCUGGCAAAAGCCACCCCUGCUGCGGCUGCCGCUGCGGCUGCUGCCGCUGUGGGACUGCUGAGCGCCCCCCCGCCUCUCAUCCCUGCUUCGAAUGCUCGGCCCUGCUCCCCCCGCCGUGCUCCUGACAUCCGGGAACUGGCAGCCUACAAGGACCGGGACUCCAGAUAAUGGUGCUCUGGGACAUGUGUGCACCUGUAUCAAGCAGCUUCCCUCGUCUCCAGUGGACUGGUGGGGUCAGUGUGAGCCCUGGGCAGAGAAACCGAGCCCCCCACCCCCUUCCUGUCAGGCAGGGAAAAGAGUGCAGCCUCCUGCUGCCUUAACCUGAGGAGCACCUAGCCACCCCUCCCAGAAGGACUUUAGCCUCCUUCAGCUAUGAAUAGUUGGAACCUCUUCCAAGCUCAGGUUGGGGCUUAAGAGAUACGGGGUGUGAUGUCUCUGUUUUAGGGGUGUUUGUGGCGGAGGGAGGGCAGGAGUCGAGGAGCUGGUGUGCCCUCAGUUUGGGGUCCCGGUUUCUUCCCAGAUCCCUCUUCCUAAGAGGUUUUGUGUCUGCUUCCAGUAUUCCUGCUGGGCUGAAAUGGCUCUGGGGUGUGUUCUUCUCCCUCAAUGGACUGAAGGGAAAGCUGCUUUCAGGGGAAGGGGGAGGGCUGUAUCUUGGGGCACCUCCCCCUGCCAGGCAGUGUAAAUAUUUAUAUAUUCUGCCCCAAGCAGGUGGGGGAAAAGGUUUUUUUGUACAUUUAUAAAAGGUUUGAGAUUGUGAUUUUAAAAGUGACUUCUCCCUCUUCUCCUGUCCUCCCCCCACAACUCCCCUUGUUUUUACUGUACUGCUCUUUUCUAUACCUGUAUCCGCACCCUCUCCACCUCCUGGUCCCUUUCCUCCUUCUGUAAUUGAUUGGAAAGGUGCAGUGAGGAGGGUGCAAUGCACUUGUCCAGUGCCCCUUUUCUUCCCCAGGUUGGUUAAUUAAACCCCAAACUGGUGCUUCUGGA